CAAACCUCGGCCUGUAAAGGUUAACCGUUAGAUUCAAACCUCGGCCUGUAAAGGUUAACCGUUAGAUUCAACCCUACGGCCUGUAAAGGUUAACUGUUAGAUUCAACCCUACGGCCUGUAAAGGUUAACCGUUAGAUUCAACCCUCAGCCUGUAAAGGUUAACCGUUAGAUUCAACCCUACGGCCUGUAAAGGUUAACCGUUAGAUUCAACCCUACGGUCUGUAAAGGUUAACCGUUAGAUUCAACCCUACGGUCUAUAAAGGUUAACCGUUAGAUUCAACCCUACGGCCUGUAAAGGUUAACCGUUAGAUUCAACCCUACGGUCUAUAAAGGUUAACUGUUAGAUUCAACCCUACGGCCUGUAAAGGUUAACCGUUAGAUUCAACCCUACGGUCUAUAAAGGUUAACUGUUAGAUUCAACCCUACGGCCUGUAAAGGUUAACUGUUAGAUUCAACCCUACGGUCUGUAAAGGUUAACCGUUAGAUUCAACCCUACGGCCUGUAAAGGUUAACCGUUAACCAGGAAGAGUUUAAGUUCAAAAAGAGAAAACAAAUCCACUCUUGUUGGUUCCUGCUGUUGGAUUAAACAUGUCAGAAACACGUGUGGCAUGUUGUCAUGUUGCCUCAGAGCAGCGUCUCUAAUGAGCAGCUGCUUGUCUGAUGAACAACGACAUUUCCUUCCCAACACGCCACCUCAGACAGGAAGUCACCUGCAGCACAGAGCUGAGCAGGAGGAGGCUCCAUCCCGGCGCUCUGUGGCUGAACUGGCAGGAAGGUUUAAAGGCUCGGCUCCUCCAAACAACGCUGCUGGAAAUGAAACAGAGAAGCCGGUCAGACGACGACCUCCUCGCUCCUUACAGCUGCCCAAAUCACACGGAGACGACCAGGAGUGUCAGCAGCCUCCAGACGUCACCUCUCCUGGACCUGGUAAAGCCAAGAGGAACUCUGCUCUCAUCGAGAAGCUUCAGGCCAAUCUGGUUCUCUCUCCGACGGCCCUGCUUCCGUCUCCGAAGAGCCCCGGCCUGAGGAUGCUGCCUCCCUCCUUCGUCCCGCCUUUCCCCGGCUCCGCCCCGGAUGCCACGGUAACCACCUCAUCCACGGCGACCCCCACCAGCCCCGUCACCGUCCAUCCGUUGACCCAGGAGGAACGCCCUACCUCUUUUGAAGACCCUCCCACUGUGGCGGAGGGAUCCAUCCUGAUGAGCAUCAACAAGGGCAGAGCUCGCCACUCCAUCCGCAGACGACCUCCAUCCCGCCGCCACAGGAAGUCCAGCAGCGGAGACGAGGUGGGCGUGGCCAACGAGGGAGGAGACACGCCCCUGACCUCCCCGAGCGAACCGGACGGCAAAACAGCAGAAGAAGGAGGAGGAGGAGGAGGAGGAGAAGAAGAAGAGAAGAAGAAGGAAGGAGCAGGAGGAGAGGAGGACAAAACAGAGCGUCCUGAAGAAGAUGAAUCCCCCAAAGAAGAUCAAGUGAAGAACGACGUCGAGCUCGGAGGAGAAGAAGAGAUGAAGGAGGAGAAGAAGAAGGAGGAGGAGGAGGAGGAGGAUGGAGAGAAGAUGAAGACAGAGGAGGAAAAUCAGGAGAAAAGCUCAGGAGGGAACGAAGAAGAAGAGCCGAUGAGUGUAGACAGCAAAGAAGAAAAGAGCGAGGAGACGACGUGUCAGAGUUCGACCUGAUGAGUCGUCGGCUGUCCGGUCGACUCAGAGCACCGGAGUCGUGGAUCAAUCUGCAAUCUAGCAGACCUACAGGACACGCCCACUUUACUACACGACACACCCCUUGACCCCUUGACCCCCGACCAUCUCACUGCUCAUGCCUAAACCAAGUGGGUGUGUCAUGUAGUAAAGUGGGCGUGUCCUGCAGAUAGACCUACUUGGAGCCGUGAGGAGCCCCCCUCUGUGGUGCUGGGAGGGAGACCCUGCGGCGGCGGCGAGGCGGGACCAGGCCUGACGAGCCUGGACAUGAAACUGUGAUCAGCUGCUCUUCAUCACGGUUCGUUUCAUCUCUGACGGGGUCGAGAUGAACGGAAGAACUGCGACUUUUGUAAAGAACGAAUUUAACCGAAGAUGCAGCUUUAUUUCAGCUUGUGGCUCCGCUGAGAAGAAAAAUGAUUGAUGUGAAUUUGUUUUUAUUGAUCCUUCACUCAAAAGCCUUUUUACACUGCAGCGCUGGAUUUCCUUUUUUGUAUGAAUAUGAUGUGAUUUUAUUUUUUCCAUUACAGUGUUUUCUGUCUGAUGUGAAGCCGGUUUGUGACGAUGAUGUCUGUAUGUUUAUUUAAAGCACUGAUGCUUGUUGCAGUUAAAAACCUGAAGCCUUAAUUUAAUGUUCCAUUAAAAAAAUAUACAAGUUAAUAAAAUAAAACCAUCAGUUUCUUUUUGGGAGGCUUUAAACUGUAAACAGGCACAGGAAGUAAAGAAACUACAAAGUCUGUCCUGAAGAAAAAUGUUAAAAACUGGAGACGUCAUUUUGUCCUCAACAGCAAGAAAAUGUUUGACACUGAAAUUAAAAUGCAUAUUUUUACUA